AUGCGAGGUCCGCGAAAAAAGUACAAGGAAAGCAGGCUUAAUGGUGUGGCGCAGGUGAACAGGGCGGGGUCGGCUGGGUGGUUCGCUGGGAUUGGUCGGCGCCGCCCAGCCGUGAGCACGCCUUCACCCUCUCACCCCCCGGGAGGAUCCCCUCACCCCCUCGCCCUCCACCCGCGGCCACCGGCUAUCGCCAGGCGACCACCUACCAGCCACCCGACACAAGCUAUGCCUGUGUCGUGA